GAGGCAAGCAUUAUAAAUUAUUAGCAUCAAAUUUUAAUAAAAAGAAUGGUGAUGGUUUUAUUGUAUGUUUUUAUGAAUCAAAAGCAAAUCAGAGAAAUAUAAGUCGAUCUAAAGCACAAGCUGAUAUUCUACCAGAUGAUGCUGAUUUGCAAUUUUAUUUACAGUCAAAUCCUUUAGAAUAUGGACUUGAAGAUGUUCCGUUUAUUUCUAUCUUACCUGUAUUAUGGGCAUUAUUACAACAAAAGCAUCAAGAUGAAAUUCAAGAUUUGAUCGCAAAAUCAUCCGGAGGUCAUGAUAUUUAUCUUUUUCGUCUUGGCAAUAUGACUCAACUAGGUUUCUCAAAUCCUGAUUGUCUUAGAGAUUUAUAUAUGGCAUCAGAGGAUGAUGCUCCCAAGUACUUACCACCCGACAGUAUUGCUAUUAAAUUUUUCGGAAACGGACUGCCUUUAUCGAAUGGCGACAAAUGGCGAGCUCAUAGAAAAUUAGCUACUCCAGCAUUCAAUAAAGCUUUGUCUCCUGAAAUUGUCGGGGAAACUGUAUAUGAACAAUUUGAUUUUAUACAACAACAUUCAAGUGGACAGAUUGAUUUAUUUGAACUGAUGCAACGUACCACGAUCGAAGUGCUUGGAAAAUUGGCUUUUGGAUAUCAAUUUGGUGCAAAAUCUGGUCGACGUCUCGUAUUUCCAUUGUUAAAUAAAUUACCAACAGAAGAUAAUCGAAAAUUCUUCAAAGCUAUUGAUGAAUUUGAUGAGUUCAUUUAUGAUAUUAUUAUGGAAAAGAGAAAUGCAAUCGAAAAUAAGAAAGGUUCCGAGAAUGGUCGGAUUGACUUGGUAACAAGUAUGAUAGAGCUUAGCAACCGGGAAGGAAUUAGUACCGAUUUAAAACAAUUAAGAGAUGAGAUGGCGAGUUUUAUCGUUGCAGGCCAUGACACAACUUCAAUGGGGUUAAAUACCUCAUUCUACUUUCUUGCAAAAUAUCCGGAAAUGCAAGAAAGAGCACGAAAAGAGGUAAUUAAAAUACUUGGAAACGAACCGAUCAUACCUACUUCGGAACAAUUAGAGGAAAUGAAAUAUCUCAUUGCAAUAAUUAAAGAAUCCUUACGAAUUUAUCCGCCAGCAACAUUAAUUGUCCCUCGAAAACUAGCAAAGCCCCUUAAAAUUGGUUCUCAUGUCGUACCAGCAAACGUUAUAUGUUCGGCCAAUCUAUGGCAAAUUCAUCAUAACCCAAAAUACUGGAAAAAUCCCAAACAAUAUAACCCGGACAGGUUUUUAAAUGGUGAAAAAAUACACCCAUUUUCUUGGAUUCCAUUUUCCACUGGACCUCGAAACUGGCAUGUACCACUAUUAAUAAACAAUUCGUUUAAUGUACCGUUAUCCCAUCAAUUAAUCUCGUUUAAAUUUUGUAGUAUCGGUCAAAAUUUUACUUUGAUGGAACAAAAAGUUAUUCUUUCAAUGUGCUUGCUCAAGUAUAAAUGGACUCUUCCUGAAAAUAGCAUUCAUAAAGAGAAAUUGAUGCUUGAGCCUAAUUUUUUAUUAAGGCCGAUUGAUUUAAAAAUUGUAUUUACUGAAAGGAACUCGUAG